AGGAAAUGGAAGUUGAUGAGUUAGUUGGAUGAGCAAUGAAUAAAAAAGGAAAUGGAAGUAUUAGGAAGAGGAAGUUGGAAAUUGCGCGUAAAAAUUGUCAACCACCUUCCCCGGCGAUAACAACACUCACUCUUAACCUUCCCUCCCUCCCUCCCUCACCUUUCUUUCUUUCUCUAUCACCUCACCUCACCUCACCUCACCCCCUAUUUCAGACCACAAUAAUAAUAUCCUCACUCCUUAUCACAAAUCACUUUCCCCCCAAUUCCAGACCUAAUUUCACUCACUGACUCCUAUUUUAAUUCUUUAACACAUCCAACGUGCCGUUCAAGUUCCUUCCCUAUCUAUCUGCUCAAACCUACACUUUUACUGUUAUCCCUUUCUUAAAUUCUGUGAUUCUUGUUUAUGUUUUCAUGAUUCUAGAAACCGAACCUACUACCUAGGGUUUUGUAGUUCACUGUUGUUGUUAAAUUAUUGUUGUUGUUGUUGUGUUGAUAGAUGAUUUAGAACACGCUACAAAUGGAACCUACUACUUUGAAUAAUUUAUCUUCAACUAGCGGUAGAAUAGGUUUCCGUUUCCGAUUACGCGAAAUCAUUCGACCUCCGCUGCUGUUGUUUCUGGAGCACGCUGGCGUGUUCCACACACAAUCGCAAGCGGUUUCUGGUUCUGAUGGUGAGAUGCAGCGUGAGAAUGUGGUUACUGAUGAGGUUUCUAUUAGGAUUAUGAGUGGUGUGGAUGAUGAUGAUGAGGAGGAGGAGGAGGAGGAGGAGGUGUCGGUUAAUGCUGUGGCGGACGGUGGUGGUGGUGAACGGAUGGAUGAUGGACAGAUGAUGCCUUCGGGUUCGUUGAAUAGUAAUCGGUAUGAUAUUCAGAAUGUGGCACAGUGGAUUGAACAGAUUCUUCCGUUUUCGUUGCUUUUGUUGGUUGUGUUAAUACGCCAGCAUUUGCAAGGUUUUUUCGGGACAAUUUGGAUUUCUGCAGUCCUGUUCAAAUCAAAUGAUAUUCUGCAAAAGCAAACUGCGUUGAAGGGAGAGAGGAAGUUUUUUGUUCUUAUCAGCAUCUCUGUGAUCUUUAUGCUGCAUGUAGUUUUUGUUUACUGGUGGUAUCAAAAUGAUGAUCUUAUGUACCCAUUGGUUUUGCUUCCUCCGAAGUCAGUCCCACCAUUUUGGCAUGCUUUAUUCAUCAUCUUGGUCAACGAUUCAAUGGCACGGCAGGCAGCAAUGGCUUUCAAGUGUCUACUUUUGAUGUACUACAAGAACAUCGGAGGUCAUAAUUAUCGUAAGCAGGGUCAAAUGUUGACUCUGGUUGAGUACACGCUGCUUCUGUAUCGCACGGUGUUGCCUGCCCCCGUUUGGUACCAGUUCUUCCUAAACAAAGAGUAUGGAAGUAUGUUUUCAUCAAUUACAACAGGCUUGUACUUGACUUUCAAAUUUACAUCUGUCAUCCAAAAGGUUCGGUUAUUGUUUGCUGCAUUAAGAGCGUUAUCUCGUAAAGAGCUGCAUUACGGGUCAUCCGCAUCUACCGAGCAAGUCACUGCUGCUGGAGAUCUUUGUGCAAUUUGUCAGGAAAAACUGCGGUCGCCAAUCAUGCUACGGUGUAAACACAUAUUUUGUGAAGAGUGUGUGUCAGAAUGGUUUGAUCGGGAGAGGACAUGCCCACUAUGUCGAGCACUUGUGAAACCUGCGGAUAUUAAAUCAUAUAGUGAUGGAUCAACCAGUCUUUUCUUCCAGUUCUUUUGAUGAUACAAAACAAUAUGUACAGCUAUUUACAACCAUGGAUCUAUCCCGUCACAACUUGAGCGUCAUGAAUCAAUGGUUAGGAUCUCUCGUGACCUUUACAAACUAACCGCUGCAGAUGGAACUUGUUCCGACAACUAUCAGGCCAUCUGAAGUUAGAUACAUUGACCGGUAUAUAGUACCCAUGAUGUUCAUGUUGAUGUUAAAAAUGUACGUAAUGACGUUCAUAUGACCCUAAACUGUAUAUAUAUUAUACAUAUGUUAAUAUACCUUGCAUAUAUCUUUCAGAUCA